AUUCCCCCAUUCCUACUGUCAUCAAAGCCUAGAGCCAUUCCUUCCUCAAUACAUUCUUUGUUAUCAAACACUACAUCCCCUUGUUCACUUCUUCUGCAACUCGGCACCCAGUAGUGCUCUGUCUCUUUGCAGACCUCUGAUGGAUGCUGUCGCUGCUUUCCUUUCUUGAGUUAAUCAUACAACUCCCUUCACAACUCUGCUAGCUUGUUUUUUUGUAUUAGUUUUGAUCUUAUCGUAUUUGUUUGUUACAAAAUAGUACAUAUAAGUUUGAAGUUUGAUCAUCAUUUCUAGUAUAAAUAUUCUGGAGAUGUCAUCUCUUAGCAAGAGCCUGCGUUUAUCUUCAUCUAUGGAAGAAGAGAUGAUGAUGAUGAUGGUGCCAAAGAAGCAGGGCAUAGUGUCCAUUCUUGGGUGUGAUGUUGAAAGAACAAAAUCUGCUGCAGCUUCUCUUAGGAGAACUCUCUCGGCUGAUAUGUCCUCCAAAAAAUGGCAAGCCCAACAUGGGUUCUAUCCACUCAAGAAAAUUGCAUCAUCUGACCAUUUCCCAGCUUGUGAUAGUAUCACAGACUCUUCAGAAGAUGAGGAUUUUGAAGACAGGCCUAAAGAGACUGAAACUCGAGAUCAAUUCGAUAUAUGGAGCUCGAUUCAAGAAGACAAGAACAAGAAAGAGGUUGAAAAGCCAGGACAAUUUGAUGUGUGGAGCUCAAUCUUAUCACAGAAGGCAAAAGAGGACUCCAAGGAUGUUCAACCUUAUGUCCACCCUCUUGUUAAAAGAUCAGCAAGUUCUUUAAGCGAGAAGAGCCUUGAGAUAUGCACUGAAAGUCUUGGAUCAGAAACUGGCUGUGAUGGGUUUUCUUCAUAUCCUCCAUCAGAGAUUGGCGAUGCAGAGGAUGAGAAAGAAGAAGAGCAACUACAAGAAAGAGUGACACAGAAGUUUGAUAUGGAGGAUUUGCGAGCAGCCAAGUACAAUCUUGCAGCAUCAAAUAGCAAGAAAUCGCAACCAAGAUCAUUCCCUCCACCGAUUCCUUCACUGUCUAGCCGAGAUGGUGCUUCUGUGCACAUGAGGUCUCGUCGCGAUAAUGGUAGGCUGGUUCUUGAAGUUGUUUCUGUUCCUUCACAGAACAACUUCCAUGCUCAGCGCCAAGACGGUCGCCUUGUCCUCACUUUGGCCAAUACUGCUAAUCAAGAAGAAGAAGAAAGACAAAAGAAUGAAGAAAUGAGUGAUGUGGAGCAGUUUGAUGUUGAGAUUGAGAAUUCUGAAGGUAAAGAGGAAGUGGAGGAGGAAAUAGAGGACGGAGAGGUGGAGGAUGGUGAGGAUAAGAGAGGAGGAGGAGGUGAGGGGGUGAGGUUUGUGAUGGAGGAAACACCAAAACUGUCAAGUGGGAUCUUAAGUGUACAUAGGUUAGCACUAAUGAUGAACAAAUCCUUGGUGUUAGCUAAUAGGAACCCAGCAUGGCCCAAUAAGUUCGAAGACAUGACGAAGUUUGGUGAUGAGGUGGAGGUAGUGGACCCAAUUACCCCAAUAACACAAUCACUCCCACCACGACGCCCUCCGGCAACUAGAUUGAUACCAUCUCCGCCAGUAGCUACUAUGGCAGCCGCUGCGGCAACAGCAAAGGCAACUGCAUCUUUUAAUGCUUGUGAGUACUUUUGGAAGCCAAAACCUAUGACAACAGCAUCAGUUCUUAAUCCAAUUAGCCAGGAACAAGCAUCAUCAUUAGGAACCACCCAUGACAACAGAUUGGCCCUUUCAAAGAAGUUUGUUCCAAAUGAGCAGCAAGAAGUGGUGAUAUUGAGAGGAAACAAUGAAGAUUACUUAGUUCCUCUGUUAAAGAGUUGCAAGGACCAAAGGAAGUCACUAUUGUUUUGGGAGCCCCAUUGCAUCGCCACCUCCUGAUGGUUCAUCCUCAUAAUCCCAGUGUCGAUCCAAAUCUCCACAAUGCAAAUCCCAGUCCAUAAUCACUAUUAUUAUUACUUAGCUAUAUUCUAUUAUGACCCUUUGUCUCUCUAUUUUUCACUUCCACUUCUUGAGGGGAAGUGUUGUGUAGUCAAAUAAAAGGGGCUGAAGACAAACAGAAUAUAUACUUUGAUUCAGCAGAUCAAGGAGAAACAAAAGAAGAGAUGAGAUGGCUUGACAGUGCUGUUAUACAACCCUUUUUUUAUCAGCCUGUAACUGAACAGAAUCUUAGCAUCAUCUUUGACUUCGGUGGACUGUCUUGUCUGUCUCUGAAAAAUAUGAUGGGUCUGAUCUCUUUUAUUUCACUUUCUUUGCUUUUUCCUGAGCUAGCCAAUGGGGUUUUGCUCAGGGUCUUGUCCUGCCUAACUGAUCUUAAUUUUGGGAACAUCAUGAUCAUCCUUUGAUAUGGGAUGUUUUUGUUUGGGUUAAGGUUAUCGCUGUGAAGGAUUUUUCUGAUCAAUUAAUAAUAAAUAUUUGAAUCCAUUUCCCUAUUA